UUCAGACUUCAAACCAUACGGGCACGCCAGUAUUUUGGUCAUACAGAAAUUCCCCUCACCCACAAAAAGAUUAGUUUGAACUGCCGUGUAAAAAGUAGUUCAUCGAUUCUUGUUCUUCGUUUGUAAAGAUUUAAAAAUUAAAGAAUGUGUGCCAAACCGACUAUUGGAAACGAGAAAACGGUGGAAGGAAGGCCAUUUGAUGAAGAACAUCUUUAUUUUCUGAAUUUGGUGAUCCUGUUCCAGAGCGCAGUCGCCGCGCCGACGAAUUUCUUGCAGCCGUUUGAAAGCUUUUUCAAUCAGCAGAAGGUUCAAAGUGGCAGCGAAACAGAAAUGAAAGCUCGCAGCAUCGACACCAACGGCGGCUUCACAAAGGAGCCCAAUUUCUUCGAAGAUUUCAAAAUCCUCGAUGAUUUUGGAAAAAAUUUCCCGCAGUACACGGAACUCACCAAAAAUGAAACGGAAUCUGGCCAAACAUCUCAGACUGCCAGAGUUCCUCAGAAAAACGAAUAUUACAGCUAUUCUUUCAGUACGCCGGUAGAAGACGUCUCGGGAGAUGACGUCAUUGCGGUAGUCAACGUGAAACAUUCGCCAAAAGUGUAUUUUUAUCAGGUUGCAGAAGCUGGCCCGCGCCAUCUGAAGGUAAUGUAUUUCACCGGAUUCCCGAACCGACAACGCGUGAGGAGCAACACGAACUAAUUAAAAUAACCAAUUGCUUCACUUUUUUAUGUUAUUUCUUGUUAUUGUACGUGAACCAAGAUGUUGACAUUCUUGGUCCUUUUUUCGCACAUCUGUUCCUCAUCAUUCCAACCCCCUCUCGAAGCCAUAUUUGUUGAAUACAUUUUUCUGUCCAUCUCAUAAAAAAAAAAAAAAAAAGAUAACGUGUCGGGGUCCAUUCGUAGUUGAAACUCUGUUACACAACAGCUCAAAUGUCUGGCAGUAAGGUAAACAUCGUGUUAUCUCUGCAGUUUGCGAUAACAGAUAUUGAUGCAACAGUUCACUCGUGACUGGGAAACAAAAAAUUGAGAACCUUGUGA